UGAGAGGAAAUGCAAUAUUUUAAUGAUUUUUCGUCGAAUGACUAUUCAUCUAUUUAUUUAAAUGUAAAUAGCAGCAAGAAAGUUCUAUGGAAACCCGGCGGUUCAAUUUGAUCUUAUCCAAUGUGGAAUUAGGAUACAUGUGUAGGCUAAGUAAAUCAAUAGAUAGUUUGAGUCCUCUUGAAAAUACCAGUGUAAGUGAAGACCCGAUUCUAAAUGAUACAGAUAAAACCACCCGUAGUUGGAGUAAUAGUAACAGCUCUUGUUACAGCAAUGUUGAUCAUUUAGUCGGCGUCAGGGACAUCCGGAAUUUCAACGCGGAUGAAAUUUUUUUAGUUACGGAUAUUAAUGGGAACAGUUAUUCCAUAUAUUUGGAUAUUGAAAAUAAAGUUUUUGAGAUUGACAACGAUGAUUCUUUUGUGAGUGAAUUAGAAAGUUCUUUUUAUAGUUAUUGGAAUUCGAAUUCUCUGAAUAAUGGGUAUAGGAGUGGCCAUUCCCACUACGAUCAUUAUAUAUAUAAUACUAAAGAUAGUUGGAAAAAUUACAUCAAUAGUUGCAUUGACAGUUAUCUUCGUUCUCAAGUCUGUAUUGAUAGUUAUAUUUUAAGUGGUAAUAACAAUUACAGCGAAAGUUACAUUUCUAGUUACAUUUGGGGGGAAAGUGGAAAUAGUAGUGAAAGUGAGAGUUCCAGUCUAAGAACUAGUACGAAUAGUAGCGAUUUAACUAUAAGAGAAAGUUCUAAUGAUCUCGAUAUAACUCAAAAAUACAAGCAUUUGUGGGUUCAAUGCGAAAAUUGUUAUGGAUUAAAUUAUAAGAAAUUUUUGAAGUCCAGAAUUAAUGUUUGUGAACAAUGCGGAUAUCAUUUGAAAAUGAGUAGUUCAGAUAGAAUUGAGCUUUCGAUUGACUUAGGCACUUGGGAUCCUCUGGAUGAAGAUAUGGUAUCUUUGGAUCCUAUUGAAUUUCAUUCAGAAGAGGAACCUUAUAAGGAUCGUAUUGAUUCUUAUCAAAGAAAGACAGGAUUAACCGAGGCCGUUCAAACAGGUACAGGUCAACUAAACGGCAUUCCUGUAGCAAUUGGAGUUAUGGAUUUUCAGUAUGGGGGUAGUAUGGGAUCCGUAGUAGGUGAGAAAAUUACUCAUUUGAUCGAGUAUGCUACCAAUAAAUUUUUACCUAUUAUUUUAGUGUGUGCUUCCGGAGGAGCGCGCAUGCAAGAAGGAAGUUUGAGCUUGAUGCAAAUGGCUAAAAUAUCUUCUGCUUUAUAUGAUUAUCAAUCGAAUAAAAAGUUAUUUUAUGUAUCAAUCCUUACAUCUCCUACAACGGGCGGGGUGACAGCUAGUUUUGGUAUGUUGGGGGAUAUCAUUAUUGCUGAACCUAACGCCUAUAUUGCAUUUGCAGGUAAAAGAGUAAUCGAACAAACAUUGAAUAAGACAGUACCUGAAGGUUCACAAUCAGCCGAAUUUUUAUUCCAUAAGGGCUUAUUCGAUUCAAUCGUACCACGUAAUCUUUUAAAAGGCGUUCUGAAUGAGUUACUUCAGCUUCAUGAUUUUUUUCCUUUGACUCAUAAAUCAAGUAGAGUCUGAAGUUAAAUAGUUAAAUUAAUGAAAUUGCAAUUCGUUAAUUUCUUUUUUUUUUCUGGCGAGCCGAUAUUUUUUUUAGCAGAAUCAAAGGAAAAAUAUGAAGAAUGGAUUUUUGUGACAUAACAUAAGAGAAAAUUGUAGAAAGAAUCAUGCAGAUAAAUUUUUUUUUAUCGGUAUUCCAGAUUACUAAUUAAGAUACCCCUAUCAACAAGAAAAAAGAGUGAAUCCUUUUUUUCGUAAAAAAAUGGGCAAGGUAUAAUAAAUAAAAAGAAAACGAACUUAACUUUAUGCUCUUUCUUUUCUUACCUAUGCAUAGAAAAUAGAGAGUCUUGCAUAUUUCUAUAUCUCCUGGGACUCCCUUUUUUACUAAAAAAAAAUAGACGGAUCAGAUUAUAAAUUAUAACGGAUUUUUGGGGAAUUUAUAACGGUAAAAACUCUUUCUUUUUAUUAAAUUAUUAAAGUAAAAUUCAAAAAAAUUCAAAAAUGAAAGUUAGAAAAAAAAGAUAAUACAAAGAAGAAUAAUAAAUAAAUGGAUUAUCCUAUUUCAUGUAGAAAUAUGAAUAAGUCAUUUAGUUAGUUAUGCACUCUUCGCACUUUAGUCUAUAUCCUCACUUAGAUAUACUUAGUAUAAUUAAAUUAUAUACAAAUUUUAAUGAUUAUAAGAAAUCUUUCUAAUAACUUCUAAUAACGAAUAAUAGAAUAAUUAAUACUAAUUAUUAUUAAUAUUAUAUUAAUAUUUAAUAUUCCAUCGAUUAAAUCGAAAGAAUAAAAUUCAAUAUAAUAUAAAAAAAUAUUCAAAUAUAUUCAAUUUAUAGAAAUCAAAUUUAUAUAAAAAUAUUAAAUUCAAAUAAAUAAAAUAGAUAAAAUAGAAUAAAGAAAAUAGAAUAAUAAAAGAAAACUUAUUUAAAAAUUCUAAUAAAAAAGAAAACAAAUAAUAAGAAAAUGAAAUAAAAAAUAAUAGGUACAAAUAUUAAAUCGAGGUGCCCAUUCUAUGACAAU